CUGCAACCCAAGCACUUGGGAAGCAGAGGCAGGAAGACAAUCAUGAGUUCAAGGCUAGCCUGAGCUACGUACACAGUGAGUUCUUGGCCAGAAUGGGCUACUAGAAUGAGAGAAUGUGGGGAAGAAAGAGAGGGAGGGAGAGUGGAAGGAGAAUGAAUUAUUGAACAAGGGAAUAAGAUGGAGAGAAGGGAGGGUUGUUCUUCAUGCUAACUCUCAACCUUGAACUUUAUUCUCCCUCUGGAAUCCAUAAUAAAUUCACAAUCUUCCACGAACAUCCCGUCAGUCACACUCUUGAAGAAAGUCAAGGACUUGGAUUUGAAUGGUGGAAAAUUGUUAGAAACUGAGACUAGGGGGAAAUGGAGCUGAAUCCCUGGGGUUGGGCAGCAGAACACUGAGUAAGGCCCUGGUGUGGUUCAUCCUUUUCCUGUAUGUACCAGACUAGCCUGAGGAGCUUAGGUCAUCCUCUUGGCACAGAGUGCCCUAAUGCCACAAAGAAUUCUUCCUGUUUUGGUUCCUCCCUGUAAAAUACUUCAUUGCAAUAUUUACUAGGAGUAGGAGGACUGUUAGGAGGAAGAAAAGUGGGGAAGUGAUUAGAGGUCACAGAGGAGGGGACUGGGUGACAUCCCGCGAUUACAUAAACUCACAGGGGCUGUCAAAGAGAGCAAACAAGCGCGUGAAACUUGGGAACCAGAGAACACCGCUGUACAGGAAAGAGCCUGAAGCCGUUUUCAGAGCCAGCCUGGGACAUCGAAACUCUCAGAAUCUAUCGACCAUGGAGCGUCAGCUUCGAUUGUUUCUGUUGUUACUGACGCUGGCACACCCCUUCCCUGCCGCGCCAGAGCCCUGCGAACUGGAUGAGGAGGGUGUCCACUGCGCCUGCAACUUCUCAGAUCCGCAGCCCAACUGGUCCAGCGCUUUUCUGUGUAUCGGGGCGAUAGACGUGGAGUUCUACGGCGGCGGCCGCAGCCUGGAAGAUUUUCUAAAGCGUGUGGACACCGAAGCAAACCCGUCGAAGGAAAUCACAGAUGUGCUCCAGUCCCUGCUGUGGGAGCGGCUUACCUUGGGGAAUGCGCGGGUUCCUGCUCCGAUACUAUUCGGAGUCCUGCGUUUGCUCGGGUUUACCAAACUCCAGGAAUUAACCCUUGAAAACCUCGAGGUAACCGGCACCGCGCUGCCGCCGCUCCUGGAAGCCUCCGGACCGAAUCUCGACACCUUGCGCCUCAGCAACGUGUCGUGGGCGACAGGGGAUGCCUGGCUCGCAGAACUGCAGCAGUGGCUAAAGCCAGGACUCAAGGUAUUGCAUAUUGCCCAAGCACACUCACUCAACUUUUCCUGCGAACAGGUCCGAGUCUUCCCCGCUCUUGCCACCUUAGACCUGUCCAAUAACCCCGAAUUAGGCGAGAGAGGACUGAUCUCGGCUCUGUGUCGGAGCAAGUUCCCGGCCCUCAAAGUUUUAGCGCUGCGCAACGCCGGGAUGGAGACGCCCAGCGGCGUGUGCUCUGCGCUGGCCGCGGCAAGUUUGCAGCUGGAAGAACUGGACCUUAGUCACAAUUCACUGCGGGAUACUGAAGGCGCCCCCGGAUGUGACUGGCCUAGCAAGCUAAACUCGCUCAAUCUGUCUUACACUGAACUGGAGCAGGUACCUAAGGGACUGCCAGCCAAACUCAGCGUACUUGAUCUCAGUUACAACAGACUGUAUAGGCAACCUAGGCCAGAUGAGCUGCCCAAGGUGGUUCACCUGUCACUUACAGGAAAUCCCUUUUUAGACUCUGAGCCCCACUCGAAGGGGUACAACUCUGGCAUAGUCGUAGCCCCAGUGCGUUCAUCCCUGGCAGUGGGUUUGUCGGCAACGUUGGCUGUUCUCCAAGGAGCCGGCCUUUUUGCCUAGUGCCAAAGGGAGGAAAAAAAAAAUGAACAUUUACAUUGUCCUGGCUUCUGAGGGUCCUGGUCAGGUUGAUCAGAACUUUUUUUUUUUUUUUUUUUUUUUUUGGUGUUUCGAGACAGGGUUUCUCUGUGGCUUUGGAGCCUGUCCUGGAACUAGCUCUGUAGACCAGGCUGGUCUCGAACUCACAGAGAUCUGCCUGCCUCUGCCUCCCAAGUGCUGGGAUUAAUGAUCAGAACUUCUUGACCAACGAGUCCUCUGUCUUACAGUUAUUAAAAUCUUAAACCACGAUGUAAGGAAAGAAAGACAGUCUAGAUGGCUCAAUGGGUAAAGGCCACCAAGCUUGACACUUGAUUUUGAUCCUCAGGAUCCACAUGGAAGGAAAGACCUCUGUCCUGAAAGUUAUCCAUCUGACCAUUACACACAUGCUGUGACACAGUUGUGUGUGUGUGCGCACACGUGUGUAUGUGUAUACAUACAUACAUACAUGCUCACAAAAUAAAUAUUUUUAAAUUAACAAUC